AUGUCUCAGCCAAAGCUCUUCACACCCAUCCAGGUCGGCGACGCGAUGCUGCAGCACCGCGUCGUGAUGGCUCCGCUGACGCGUGUUCGCGCGACCAAGGAACACGUCCCGGCGCCACUCAUGGCCGAAUACUACGCACAGCGCGCCAGCACGCCCGGCACACUCAUUAUUAGCGAGGCGACCCUCAUUGCCCCGCAGGCAGGCGGAUAUCCACACGUCCCCGGCAUCUGGAGUGACGAGCAGAUUGCCGGCUGGAAGCUCGUUACGGACGCCGUACAUGAGCACGGGUCUUACAUGUAUUUGCAGCUGUGGGCCGUCGGGCGGACAGCCAUUCCAGAUGUCCUCCAGGCGGAAGGCGGAUAUCCCUAUGUCUCUGCGUCUGACGUGCCGCUGGAGGGCAUGCCCAUCGCACCGCGCCCAUUGACCAAAGAAGAAAUCAAAGAAUACAUCCAGCUCUACGCUACAGCGACAAAGAACGCCAUCCGUGCCAAUUUCGACGGCGUCGAGGUGCACGGUGCAAAUGGCUACUUGAUUGAUCAAUUCACCCAGGAUGUUUCCAACACCCGCACAGACGAGUACGGCGGCUCGGUCGAGAACCGGGCCCGAUUCGCGCUUGAAGUGCUCGAUGCAGCGAUCAAGGUGAUUGGCGAGACCAAGGUUGGCAUCCGGUUCAGCCCAUGGGGCAAUUUCAAUGGUAUGCGUAUGGCAGACCCGAAACUUGGUUUCAGCUAUCUUGUAUCGGAGAUCACAAAACGAUGGUCGUCAUUGGCUUAUCUCCAUGUGAGUGAGCCCCGAACGGAGGGCGACCGAGACAGGGCAACCAGAGAAGGGGAGUCAAACGAUUUCCUGAGAGAAAUUUGGGGCGAGCGGCCGUUCAUAAGUGCUGGUGGCUACAAUCGCGAGCUCGCCUUAGAAGCUGCCGAGACGAAGGGUGACUUAAUCGCUGUCGGCAGACUCUUCAUCUCGAACCCUGACUUGCCGGCACGAUGGCAGAAGAAUAUCCCCGCCGACAAGGGCGAUCGUUCAGCAUACUACACCUUUGAAAGCCCACAGGGGUAUAUCGAUUACCCUUUCGCU